UUUCUUUUCCAAAAAAAGAGUCCUAAAGGUUCUUCUAGGGUUUUCCCCAAAAGAUCUCUAGAUUUCUAUCUCUCUUAUUCGGAAUCAUCGAACUCACAACAUGAAGAUUGCAGUAGAGGGGUGUAUGCAUGGAGAGCUCGAUAAAGUCUAUGAGACGCUCCAGCAGUUGGAGAAAGCGGAGAACACCAAGAUUGAUCUUCUAAUUUGCUGCGGGGACUUUCAGGCUGUUAGAAAUGAUGGCGAUCUGAAUAGCUUAAAUGUCCCACUAAAGUAUCGAAGUAUGAACUCAUUUUGGAAGUACUAUUGUGGUCAAGCAGUUGCUCCAUAUCCCACGAUAUUUAUUGGUGGGAAUCAUGAAGCGUCAAAUUACCUGUGGGAGUUGUACUAUGGAGGAUGGGCAGCACGUAAUAUAUAUUUCUUGGGCUUUGCGGGAGUUGUAAAGUUUGGCAACAUUCGAAUUGCAGGAUUGUCUGGAAUUUAUAAAUCAGGGAAUUACAGAUUAGGACACUAUGAGCGGCCUCCAUACAAUGAUAGGGAUAUUCGAUCUGUUUACCAUGUGCGGGAAUAUGAUGUGUUUAAGCUCAAGCAAGUAAAAGAUCCCAUAGAUAUUUUCAUGUCGCAUGAUUGGCCUCUUGGUAUUACAGAAUAUGGUAACUGGGAGAAGCUUAUUCGAAGUAAACCCCAUUUCAAGGAAGAGGUUCUGACCAGAACUUUAGGAAGUAAACCAGCUGCUGAGUUAUUGGACCAAUUGAAACCACAUUAUUGGUUUUCUGCUCAUCUUCACUGUAGAUUUCCUGCUAUCGUCCAACAUGGGGAGGAUGGACCAGUCACCAAAUUUCUUGCACUUGAUAAGUGCCUUCCAGGACGUCGAUUUCUCCAGGUUGUUGAAAUUGAAUCAGAUCCAGGACCUUAUGAGAUUCAGUAUGAUGAAGAGUGGCUUGCAAUAACACGAAAAUUUAAUUGUAUCUUCCCUUCAACUCGGAGAUAUGUGCAUCUGGGCAGUAGACAGCUUGACAAUGAAGAUCACCUUCAGUGGGUGAGGAAUAAGUUAAAUGCGAGAGGGAAAAAACCUUUUGAUUUUGUUCAAACAGUCCCAUGUUUUGAUCCAUCUCAGCCGUUCUCCAGUGAUUCAGUAUUGGGUCAUCAUCGGAACCCACAGACAGAGGCUUUGCUGCAGUUUCUGGAGCUGCCAUAUCUGCUGAAUACUGAGGCAGAAGCCAACACACCAAUACAGAGUAACAAAUUUAUGAAUUCUGCAGAUUCCAAUCAGCGCUCCUUUGACACUGACGAUGAUGACAAUGCUGGCAUUGAUGAUGUUGACGAGCUAGAAGAAUUUGCAGGGGUUGGAAGUGAAGAUGCUAGCGCUUGCUAGCUGUACUAGUGUAGAUUUAGAAUUUUCAGGUCGGCAAUGUACUGUAAAUUUAUGAUGUUCAGUUCAAAUUAGGGUGUUGUUUUGCUUUGGCGUA